AUGCCCACUACUUCUACUGCCGUGGCUCCUGCCACCACUAGGGUAUCUCCUGCGAUUGUUCCUGCUGCUACAAGCCCGGUUGAGGAAGCUACUGGUGCGACAUCGGUGGUAACUUGCCGCAAUGCUGAUGAGACUACGACAUCACUACCAGAGUUGGCACCAUCACUGCGACGAUCCAGCCGUGCAAUCAAGCCUCCCCAGAGAAUGAAUCUUGGAAUAAAUAAGAAGAUAGAGACUAGGGAACUUGAGAAGCUGAGUAUUUCGGAGCCUGGAAGCGGAAAACACUUCAGCCUGUCUGAAGUAUAUACCGUGGAAAGCCUGGGGCUGCCAGAGCAAUCGCUGGACUUUGAACAGUUGGCCAAAGAAUUCAAACACCUGCGACAUCUGCCGAUCAAGAAUUUACAGAGAGUCAUCCCUGGACUGCUGAUUGGUCUAAGCAACUCACAUUUACUGACUACAACGAAACUUCGCGAAGGAAAAGAGAACGAACCGAUCGCCGCGAAGACUCGCAUUGGAUGGGUCGUAUGUGGCCGUGUACGAGGGGGAGAAAAAAAUUUUCAGCAUCGACAAAUGCACAUAUGCGCGGAUACAUCAGUGCGCGACCUUCAUGACUACGUGCAGGAGUUUUUCUCGGUAGAAAGUCUUGGAGUUGCUGUAGCUGGAGCGUCGAUGGAGAUGCCUGGAGAGGCGCCUUGUAAAAGACCCACAGCUCUACGAGGGUGUAAGACAACAAGUUGCAGAUUACGUAUCAAAGGGCUACAUCCAUGUAGUGACAGCGGAGAAAUGGCUGAGUUCAAUCCGCGACGUACCUGGUACCUUCCGUUAGGUGUGGUAUUGAACCCAAAUAAACCUGGAAAGGUACGAGUCAUUUGGGAUGCGGCCGCGAAGGUGGAAGGCGUGUCGCUGAAUAUGAUGCUCCUCAAAGGGCCUGAUCUGUUGACGCCACAGCUGCACGUAACUUUCAAAUUUCGCGAACGGGAAGUCGCCUUUUCCGGUGAUAUUCAGGAAAUGUUCCUGCAAGUUGGCAUCAGGAAAAGCGAUCAAAGUGCGUUGCUAUUCGUCUUCCGUAAGUCGUCAGGGAAACCAUUGAUAACUAUGGCGUCCGACAUCGCCAUCUUUGGAGCAACUUGUUCUCCUGCACAGUCACAAUACGUGAAGAAUCUUAACGCAACGGAGUAUGAGCAAGAACACCCUAAGGCGGUGGCAGCAAUAAAGAAUAAACACUAUGUCGACGACUAUCUUGAUAGCGUCGACACAGAAGAGGAGGCCGUCGAAUUGGCAUUGGAGGUAGCCGAAGUCCACCAGAAAGCAGGCUUCCACAUACGUAACUGGGUGUCGAACCGAUCUUCAGUUCUGGAAGCUAUCGGAGAAGUGAAUCCAGCUGCAGUGAAAGAUCUUUCAAUGAACAGCCACAGUGGGUUGGAGCGUGUUCUCGGAUUAUCCUGGCUACCGAGCGAAGAUUUUUUCUGUUUCACGAUCAACCUGCACGGGGAAAUGAAAUCGCUAGUAGAGAGUUACGUUGUGCCUACGAAAAGAAUAAUGUUGAGCUUCAUCAUGAAAAUUUACGACCCCUUGGGGCUGGUAGGCUCACUCGUAAUUCAAGGGAAAAUACUGCUGCAGGACGUUUGGAGAACUAAGCUGCAUUGGGAUGAUCGCAUUCCUGAAGAUCUGUUCCUACGGUGGAAAUUGUGGCUGCAAGCGUUGAAGGAGCUGGAUAACGUCAGAACACCGCGAUCUUAUUUCCGCAUUCGCGACCGAGGACAAAUACGCUGCGCUCUGGUUGCGUCCAAGACAAAGGUGGCUCCCCUACAGCAGGUCUCCGUGCCUCGGUUAGAGUUGCAGGCGGCCGUGAUUGGCGCUCGCUUGCGCAAGACAAUUGAGGAAGGUCACUCGGUCAAGGUCAAACGCACAAUAUUCUGGAGUGAUUCUAGCACUGUGAUCUCGUGGAUCAAGUCAGAUACCCGCCGUUAUCGACCAUACGUAGCGUUUAGAGUGAAUGAGAUCCUAACUCUGUCAAAGACCGAGGAAUGGCGAUGGCUGGGAACGAAAAUAAACGUCGCAGAUGAAGCUACGAAGUGGGGCAAAGGUCCGAACUGCAGGCCAGAUAGCAGAUGGGUGCGAGGGCCUGCCUUUCUGUAUAAGGAGGAGGACGAUUGUCCGACGAAUAGGUUUACCAUGGCGAACGGAACUGAAGAAGAGCUGCGACCGUCGUACGUUUGUAGUCACUUUCUGUCAAUCCCAAUGAUCGAUGUGACACGAUUUUCGAGAUACGAACGACUGAUACGAAGCAUGACAUAUGUAUACCGGUUCAUAGGGAAGCUGCUACAGAGGGUCAGAAAACAACCGAUCGAUGACGAAGGAAAGCAGUUGCAGAAUGCUGAGGAGAGUAUUUUGCGGCUUGCACAAUCAGAUGGUUAUCCGGAUGAGGUGGCAUUGAUGAAUCGCAACGCACGUUUAGCACCAGAAGAACGACAAGCUCUAAGCCGGAGUAGCUCGUUGGCGAAUAUUUCUCCGGUAUUGGACGAAAAUGGAUUAAUGCGCGUUGAUGGUCGAAUAGCUUCGGCAGAAUACGUGGAACGUGAUGCCAAGUUUCCAAUAAUUUUGCCUAAGGGUCAUCCGAUCACCAACUUGUUGAUAGAUUGGUACCAUCGGAAGUUUCGUCACGGAAACAAUGAAACGGUGGUGAAUGAAAUCCGUCAAAAAUUCAGCAUUCCGGCGCUAAGAGCGCAGAUUCGAUCUAUAGCGAAACGCUGCCAGUGGUGCCGUGUAUACAAGGCCACCCCUGUGGUUCCGAAGAUGAGCCAAUUACCUCGGUUCCGUAUUACACUCUUUGUUCGUCCCUUCACCUUCCUAGGUAUCGAUUACUUUGGGCCCUAUCUAGUAAAGAUAGGCCGAAUGGCUGUUAAGCGUUGGGUGGCCAUUUUCACGUGCCUCACCGUCCGAGCUAUACAUAUGGAGGUAGUGCAUAGUCUAACAACCGACUCGUGUAAGAAGGCAGUUCGACGAUUCAUCGCUCGCAGAGGAGCACCGCAGGAGGUGUACACAGAUAAUGGUACGAACUUCAUAGGCGCCAGCAAAGAGCUUGAAGAAGAGUUGCGGGAAAUCAAUCUUGCUAUGAGUAGCACGUUUACGGACGCGAACACUCAAUGGCGGUUCAACCCACCAUCAGCCCCGCAUAUGGGUGGAUGUUGGGAGCGGAUGGUCCGCUCCGUGAAGACGGCACUUGGAACAUUACCCAGGUUGCGGAAGUUGAACGACGAAUCCUUUGUGACAUUUCUGGCUGAAGCGGAACAUAUGGUUAAUUCCCGACCGUUAACGUUUCUACCGCUGGACAGUGAAGAGCAGGAAUCGUUAACACCGAACCACUUUUUGAUGCUUAGCUCUAGUGGAAUUCGACAACCGGUCAAAGCGCCAGUGAAUGACAGAAGAGCUCUGAAGAACAGUUGGGAGCUCAUACAGAAUAAGCUUGACUCCUUUUGGAGUCGCUGGAUAAUGGAGUACUUGCCGGUAAUAACUCGCCGAUCAAAGUGGUUCCACGAUGUAGCACCGAUCAAGGAAGGAGCGUUGGUCAUGUUGAUCGACUGUAAAGUACGAAACCGCUGGACACGUGGUCGCGUGAUUCGAACCUACCCUGGGAAAGACGGAGUUGUACGCCAAGCGGAUGUGGAAACAUCGACCGGCACGUUAAAGAGAAGAGCGGUUUGUAACUUGGCGGUUCUAGAUGUGGGCAGAUCGGAUGAAGAAUUUAGAAAAGACCACGAGGAAUUGAACUGCGGAGAACGUGGAAGAAAAGAUAGUGGUGAACGUGGUGCCGUACGGCACGAGGGGGAGGAUAUUACGACGGAUUAG